CAUAAAACACACGAGCGGCGUAACACUUAACAUAGUGAUUUAUUUGAAUUCCCACACGUCCAAGAAGAAGGAGAAGGGAUGGAGUCCAACCAGGAGAGGUCUCCACCUCCCCUUCCUGACGUCAUGCGCCAAAGCUGGAGCUCUUGCACGACUGGAUCAGUUCACUACAGCUCGGCUCGGCUCUGACUGUCUCUCUCUAUGCACACUGCCAGGGCUGAGCGUGGAGUGUGCAAAGGAGGGACUACACGAGCUGGAGGGGAAUAACACUUUGGAUUUGGAUACACACUGGAAAACUACCAAGCGAGCGGGUUCCUUGUCUCACGCAUUGCAUACGUCGUUUUCUCCCCCCGUCGCUUGAGGUCGGAUUGCGGCGAGAAUGGAGCUCCCUGCCGCCGGGGAGCACGUCUUUGCGGUGGAGGGCAUCGAAAAGAAGCGCAUUCGGAAGGGGAAGAUUGAGUACCUGGUCAAGUGGCGGGGAUGGUCGCCCAAAUACAACACUUGGGAGCCAGAGGAAAACAUCCUCGACCCGAGGCUGCUCGUCGCAUUUCAAUACAGGGAGAGGCAGGAGCAGCUGAUGGGAUAUCGCAAACGGGGGCCCAAACCAAAACAUCUUCUGCUACAGGUUCCCUCAUUUGCCCGGAGAUCGAGUGUCCCCGAAGGCUUUGAGGACAACUCACCGGAUGUAGAAGACAGCCCCAAGUCUGAUUCCAUCCCGGUCCAGCGUCCCCAGCCGAAGCAGUACCAGCUGAACAGCAAGAAGCACCAUCAGUACCAGCCUAACAGCCAGGAGGUACCCGUUGAACAGCUUGCAAACAGCAAGAAGAAGUACAUAUACCAGCUUAACAGCAAGAAGCACCACCACUACGAGCCGGACCCAAACAUGUAUGAUGUUCAGGCUUCAAGGCUUAAGAAGGUGGUCAAAGUUCAGGAGGCAGCCAGUAAACCUGCCAACCCUGGAUGGAACCUACCUCUGGCACUGCAGCAGAAAUGGGUUCGCGACAAAGAGACAGGCUGCUUGAGUAAAGUCAAAGAACUAGCAGUCGAGGUGAGAAAACCUGCUCCCAAAGACGCUGAAAGUGAACAAGCUCUUAAACCUAAUCCUAAGGAUGCAACGCUCCCAAGCUCUGUUAGCAGCAAAAUGAAGAUAAUCAAGAACAAAAACAAGAAUGGACGUAUCGUUAUUGUCAUGAGCAAGUAUAUGGACGGUAAUAAGGUUCACGGAGCCAAAGGCAAACAUGGGGAAUCUUCAAGCGCAGAGAAAACCCAAAGUGGCCAACCGGCGGAAAGCAAUCCCGCGCACAGAACCAAAUUAAUGGAGAAUGGUCUACCCAAAGAGAUCUGCAGCAGCAGUGCCCUCCCCGCUGCAGAACACCCCCAAAAGUGCUCCCCAAAGGACAGACAUUUCUUCAAGCCUUCACCGAGCACAGCAGAGGAAUAUAACACAGAAGUCGCCCGGGGUCAGGCCGACUUACCUGAUGAUCUACCGCUCCAGCUGACCGCCAGCUCGCCCCCAACGUCUUGGCCGGCUGACAGCAACAUCCCGACGCCUACAAUUAUGCACCACAUCCGGAUUCCGUCAUACUCCAGCAGCCGGAAGAGGAAACUCUCAGAGCCUGCGGAUGAGCGUAGGGUUUCCAAAACUUUGUUGGCUUCCAGAAGCCUCAGCGUUUCCAGCACUGCGGUCGCUCCGCCUCAAGACAGACCAAUGGACCUCCACUGCACUGGACACUUUGGUGUGUAUGAUGCAAUAGACAGCAGUUGCCAGGAGGAGCCCAUGGAUUUGAGCUGCCCAAAGACAAAGAGGCAGGCAGAGCUGGAAACCACAUCUGAUACACGGCCUGAACUUCAACCCCAACCUGAACCUACUCCCCUACCUGAGCCUAUUACCCAACCUGAUCAGACUGAACCGCAACCUGAACCCCAACUUCAACCCCAACCAGUGGAAAACCAUGUCCAAAAUCCACCUGCAACAAUCGAGAACCUGCAGAGGAAGACAAAAAAGAUCUCUCCUUUUAUGGGAAAUAUUAUCAUCACUGACGUCACCACAAACAGUCUCACUGUCACCUUCAAGGAGUACGUCUCUUUCUAAGGAAGCCGCUGACUGAAAUUGUACAUACUGUAAAAACAUUAGAGAUUUUGUAAAUAUGCAAAGUUAUAAUUUAUAAUUGAAAUUUAAUAUGUUUCUUACAAUGUUUUAUACUGUAACUCUGAAACGUAGCCAAGCAAGUGCCCUCGAGGAUUUGAGUGAAUACACGAAACCAGAUGUAUUCUACUUAAAAAAGAAAACUGAACUGUCUAUAUGCUGUUGUUUCAUACCUGAACCAAAUUUCUAAUCUCAGAUGUAUGAAGGUUUAUACAUAUUUUGUAUGGAUACAAUGGAUUAUUUGGGGGACGUGGUGCAUGUUAAGGAGGAACUCGCUUGGUCGAUUGGAUCAAAUUGAAAGCACUUAUUGGUUUCCAUUGAUGGCGAUAGAAGGCCAAUCCAAUUUAAUUGGGAGGGUUGGCAGCAAUCAUUUUUCAAUGGCAGCCAAUCAGUUAAGUGUGUUGAAGUGAUUAAUUAAUCAUUUCUCAAGAAAGUGUGGUUAUAUGUGCAUCUUUUAUUACCCAUUAUUGUCGGGCACCCUUUAAUCACCAUCGUGGGAUGUAAAUUAGCGCUGCCACGAUUUACUCAUUAGCUGCCAUUCACGGAACCAGAUGUCCAAACCAUUAAAAUCAAAAUUGAUUCGACGUGUAGCAUCGUCAAUGGCACUUAAAGAUGAGCAUUCCCAGGCAGUCUUUCCAGUUUAAAUGAAUUGGACAACUGACAAUGUCAAUGACAGGCAAUGAGUUAAUGGACUUAUCGACUAUCAAAUUAAACAACAACUAUUUUGAUAAUCAAUCGAGAAGUCCUUUGCCUAAAAACGGUGCCUCUAGAGACUAAAUAUUAGCCCUCGAUGAAAGAGGAUUGAUUAUCUUUGCAAAGAGCUCCUAUUACUAUGUGAAACAAUUCAGUAAUGUAGUUGCAUAGUAUUCAUAAUCCAACUAUUCUCAGUUUUUGGUUACAAUGAACAUUUACAGCAAAACGGUUAAGCCUAGAAUAAUUUAACAACAAAUAAUAUGAUUUAUAUAAGCUGAUUAGUCGACUAAUCACAAAAAUAAUCAGUGAUUAGUAGACAAUCAAAAUAUUCGGUUGUGGCCGCCCUUAUGUAAAGGUGCCUCGGAAAUUGCCCCAAAUAAAGUACUACUACAUUGAUGACAUUCAUCCAUCCAUCAAACAUGUGAUUCACAAACUAUGAAAGACCUUAUUAGCGUUGUUCAUCUCAGUUCUUUGUUUAAGCUUCUGAAUAUUACAUGUUCUGCAAAGGCAUGUGAUUGCUGUUUGUUAGGGGGUCGCUAAUUACCCAUAAAAUGUGACUCAUCUACGCUUUGGUAUAUAGAUUCAAAACAAUCGAUAGUGCGCGCUGGCCGUUUUGUUGAUGCUGCUUCAAAUGCAUAUGUGUUGGAUGUACAGUGGGAUUCCCCUUCCAUACGCACACUGAAUGCAAAACCAGUAGAUGAAUGCUGAAAUUGUAUACGUGAAUGAAACGGAAGAGAUCAUAUUUAUUCAAUUCGUCACAGAGUUGCAAGCGAGCUUUUAACAAAUGUUUUGUGUUUCUGUCAAUUUUUUUCUUUGUUUUGCUUGAAUUUGUUGAUCCUUUGCACUUGGUUACAAGGAUUGUCAUGAAGUUGGCGUUGGGAGUCUGUUGGCUUACUGCUGUUGGCACAGUUUCACAAUAAAGAAAGAAGUUCCUAGUAAUGGUGGGCUCUUAUUUAUUUGAAGGUUUUCAAAUAUGACUUGUAAAUAUGAAAGGAGUGUUGGAAGCAGCACUGCCAAAUUGGAUUUUCCCCUUAACUCAAACUUUCACUGAUGUUCGUAUUUUUUGUAUAAGUUUUUAUACAUGGUUGCAAUUAAAAACACCCCCCUGAAAAUGUGUGGUUCUUCA